AUGUGCCUGCGGCCUGGGGCGGCGGCGUUGGGUGCUGCCGAGCCGGGGACUUCCCACCCAGAGGAAAGGCCGCUUCAUCCCGGUCCCCGCUCUUCUCAGCGCCCCCCGCCCCCGCACUGCCCAUCAGCACCGUGGGUGGGGGUCUUCAGGACUGUCAGCUGUUCUGGCGGAUCUGCUUCUGUCCUUGGGCCGGCCGGCUCCACCCCGCCUCUCGGGAUUCCGGGACGUUGGACCAUCCGGCUCCCACAGCGCCUUGUGCAGGUAACACAGAUGCCAGCUGUCAGAGAGAUGGAUGCUGAGACUCCCUGUGGGGUGGUCAGGCCCCCCCUGCAGGAGGGCCCCCCUGGGGCUUCAGGGGGGGAGCAGGGGCAGCCGGAACACCUGGCCAAGCAUGUCGAAGAGCGGCAGGUGUGUUCUGUGCACUUGCCCAGCCUCCCGGUGACCAGAGGCCCCAGCCCUCCAUUUCCCCAGGCCCCUCCCCGGGCCUCCUGGGGCCCUGGGGGAAUCCCAGAGGUUGUCCUGCCUCUGAGCCGCUGCGAAUGCUAUUCCCUCUGCCUCCUCCCUCCCCUGGGACCCCCAGCCCUUCUCCUCGGCCUGCACUUUCCCUUGGGUCCGGCCUGCUCCACCCCCACCGUCUCCCUCCUCGUGGCAGAGGGCCGGGCACUUCUCACCACUGGUCUCGCGUCGGCUACUGCCCAGACCCUGCCUCUCCCAGGCCGGUCCAGCCCGGAUCCUCCGCAGCGAGGAGCCUGCCCCCCCGCCCCCACGCCCCCGAGGAAUCCAAUAAACCUUUGUGAAACCAGCUACCGGAGUGCAGUGUGGACUCAUUGGAAACGUCUAACUUCCAAAUAUUUCAUCCUGCCCUUCUGCACGCUGGCGGGCAGCCCUGAGCGAGGAAGCCGUGGAAUAGCAGGGACACCAGAGGGGAGAAGAAAAAGUGGGACCGUGAGGAAGGACCUACUCCCCACUGGGGACCCAGGGCCACCCCAGCAGCCUCCACGUGGGCCACGGAUCCAUUUCGCCUCGAAUAUCCUGGUACUUAGACCUGAUGGUUGUGAUUCCCAAUGUCCAGAAGACAAAAUGACUGUCCAGCUGCCCGGGAUGUGCAGCUAG